AUGGCCGAUGCAGAAGAAACUCCGGCACAGCGUCAAGCAAGGAUCCGCCGUCAGAAACGAGAAGCGAAAAUCUCUGGCGCUGCAAGUGAAAGACUCGACAAGAUUACAAGAUUGAGUGGUAGAACGCCAGAAAGCUGUAAGAUCCCCGGUGCAACGUUCGCACUGCGAGACUGCUCCCGAUUACUGACCUCAAGUGCUACAGUGCGAACUGAAUCGCCUGUCGCAACACCACCUCGCUCAUCUACACCGUCACAAGUCCCAAGUCCGAGUCCGGGAUCCGACUACACCGCUGCACCCACUCCUGAACAACAAAAGGCGCAGGAAGAAUACCUAAGAGCUUUGUUGAGACAACCCGAACCCCAAGAAGGACAGAACCAAUCUCAACAACCUGAGGACCCUAUGCUCAAAAUGCUACAAACAAUGAUGGGAGCGAUGGAUGGCACAUCUAAUCCAAACACUCCUGGUGGUGCUGGAUUCCCAGGAGGCCUUCCGGGGCUGUCCCCCGAUGACAUCUCGAAGGCGACAGGACUUCCGUCCUUCCUAACAAACAUGGUUAUGGGAGGUCAGAAGGCGCCACCUAGCCACGCCGAACUGCAAGCGACGAGGCUGUGGAAGUCAUUGCAUGUCAUUUUCGCGCUCAUAGCAGGGCUCUAUCUUGUGUUUACCGUCACGCGAGCGACUGAAACGUUUGGCGAGAAUCCACCGCGUCCGGCGACCUUUCAGAAUCCCUUUGUGGUGUUCUUGACUGGUGAGCUGCUUGUGCAAGGGACCAGGGGAAUUUGUCGGAGAUGGAGCAAUCGCAGUAUUCAUGUUAGGCAUAGCGUCCUGGUGGAAGGGAAGCAUAUAACCUGA